UCCAACGGGAGCCUGGCUCGAGGGAAGACAAGAUCCAGCCAGAAGGUGUAGAAGUCAGACCCAAUGACAGGAUAGCAGCACCCACGCCCUGUGCACCUGCUCCAUGCCAGGAGGAGGGCCAGAGAUGGAUGACUACAUGGAGACGCUGAAGGAUGAGGAGGACGCCUUAUGGGAGAAUGUGGAGUGCAACCGGCACAUGCUAAGUCGCUACAUCAACCCCGCCAAGCUCACCCCCUACCUGCGCCAGUGCAAGGUCAUUGAUGAGCAAGAUGAAGAUGAAGUGCUCAAUGCUCCCAUGCUGCCAUCCAAGAUCAACCGGGCAGGCCGAUUGUUGGACAUUCUACAUACCAAAGGGCAAAGGGGCUAUGUGGUCUUUUUGGAGAGCCUGGAAUUUUACUACCCAGAACUGUACAAACUGGUGACUGGGAAGGAGCCCACCCGGAGGUUCUCUACCAUUGUGGUGGAGGAGGGCCACGAGGGCCUCACGCACUUCCUGAUGAAUGAGGUCAUCAAGCUGCAGCAGCAGAUGAAGGCCAAGGACCUGCAGCGGUGCGAGCUGCUGGCCAAGUCUCGGCAGCUGGAGGACGAGAAGAAGCAGCUGACGCUGACCCGGGUGGAGCUGCUGACCUUCCAGGAGCGCUACUACAAGAUGAAGGAGGAGCGAGACAGCUACAACGACGAGCUGGUCAAGGUGAAGGACGACAACUACAAUUUAGCCCUGCGCUACGCCCAGCUCAGUGAGGAAAAAAACAUGGCGGUGAUGAGGAGCCGCGACCUCCAGCUCGAGAUCGAUCAACUAAAGCACCGAUUGAAUAAGAUGGAGGAGGAAUGUAAGCUGGAGAGAAAUCAGUCGCUGAAACUGAAGAACGACAUCGAGAAUCGGCCCAAGAAGGAACAGGUUCUGGAACUGGAGCGGGAGAAUGAGAUGCUGAAGACCAAAAACCAGGAGCUGCAGUCCAUCAUACAGGCCGGGAAGCGCAGCCUGCCAGACUCAGACAAGGCCAUCCUGGACAUCUUGGAGCACGACCGUAAGGAAGCCCUGGAGGACCGACAGGAGCUGGUCAACAAGAUCUAUAACCUGCAGGAGGAGGUCCGCCAGGCAGAGGAGCUGCGAGACAAGUACCUGGAGGAGAAGGAAGACUUGGAGCUCAAGUGCUCGACCCUGGGGAAGGACUGCGAGAUGUACAAGCACCGCAUGAACACGGUCAUGCUGCAGCUGGAGGAGGUGGAGCGCGAGCGGGACCAGGCCUUCCACUCCCGAGACGCAGCCCAGACGCAGUACUCGCAGUGCUUGAUCGAAAAGGACAAGUACAGGAAGCAGAUCCGCGAGCUGGAGGAGAAGAACGACGAGAUGCGCAUCGAGAUGGUGCGGCGGGAAGCCUGCAUCGUCAACCUGGAGAGCAAGCUCCGGCGCCUCUCCAAGGACAGUGGCUGCCUUGACCAGAGCCUGCCCAGGAACCUGCCCGUGACCAUCAUCUCACAGAACUUCGGGGACGCCAGCCCCAGGACCAACGGCCAAGAAGCAGAUGAUUCUUCAACCUCAGAGGAGUCGCCCGAAGACAGCAAGUACUUCCUGCCCUACCACCCGCCCCGGCGCAGGAUGAACCUGAAGGGCAUCCAGCUGCAGAGAGCCAAAUCCCCCAUCAGCCUGAAGCGAACAUCAGAUUUUCAAGUCAAGGGACAUGAAGACGAAGGCACCGAUGCCAGCCCCCGCUCCUCCAACUCCCUGCCCGUCAGCAGCUCCUUCUCCAAGAUGCAGCCCCACCGGAGCCGCAGCAGCAUCAUGUCAAUCACCGCCGAGCCCCCGGGAAACGACUCCAUCGUCAGGCGCUAUAAGGAAGAUGCACCUCAUCGCAGCACAGUCGAAGAAGACAAUGACAGUGGUGGCUUCGACGCCUUAGACCUGGACGAUGACAGUCACGAGCGCGGCUCCUUUGGACCCCCCUCUGUCCACUCCUCCUCCUCCUCCCACCAGUCCGAGGGCCUGGACGCCUACGACCUGGAGCAGGUCAACCUCAUGUUCAGGAAGUUCUCUCUGGAAAGACCUUUCCGGCCCUCGGUCACGUCCGUGGGGCAUGUGCGGGGCCCUGGGCCCUCGGUGCUACACACGACACUGAACGGUGACGGCCUCAUCACCCAGCUCACCCUGCUGGGGGGCAACUGUUCAGGAUGUUUGACUCCUCCGGGAGCAAUCUCACCCCGAGACUCUGCUGCCCACGGAGCUGGGGCAAAACGGUGUGUCUUUACUGUCUAGCUGGAAGGCUCCAUCAGAGGCGAGAGGCAGAGUGUCCCCCUGGACACGUGCACAAAAGAAGAGGCCCACUGGACCAUCCAGAGGUGCAGCGGCCCCGUCACGCUGCAUUACAAGGUCAACCAGGAAGGGUACCGGAAGCUGCUGAAGGACGUGGAGGAGGGCCUGAUCACAUCGGGGGACUCGUUCUACAUCCGGCUGAACCUGAACAUCUCCAGCCAGCUGGACGCCUGCACCAUGUCCCUGAAGUGUGAUGACGUCGUCCAUGUCCGAGACACCAUGUAUCAGGACAGGCAUGAAUGGCUGUGUGCGCGGGUGGACCUCUUCACAGACCAGGACCUGGACGUGGGCACAAUACCCAGCUACAGCCGAGCCCAGCAACUCCUCCUGGUCAAGCUGCAGCGCCUGAUGCACCGGGGCGGCCGGGAGGAGGCGGACCCCGCCCACCACACCCUGCGGACCCUCCGGAACACCCUGCAGCCUGAAGAGCUGCUUUCAACAAGCGACCCCCGGGUCAGUCCCCGCCUCUCCCGAGCGAGUUUCCUCUUCGGCCAACUCCUUCAGUUCGUCAGCAGAUCCGAAAACAAGUACAAGCGAAUGAACAGUAACGAGCGGGUCCGCAUCAUCUCAGGGAGCCCGCUGGGGAACCUGGCCCGCAACUCACUGGACGCCACCAAGCUCUUGACUGAGAGGCAGGAAGAGCUGGACCCAGAGAGCGAGCUCAGCAAGAACCUCAGCCUCAUCCCCUACAGCCUGGUGCGUGCCUUCCACUGCGAGCGCCGCCGGCCUGUGCUCUUCACGCCCACCGUGCUGGCCAAGACGCUGGUCCAGAAGCUGCUCAACUCGGGGGGCGCCAUGGAGUUCACCAUAUGCAAGUCAGACAUUGUCACGAGAGACGAGUUCCUCAGAAAGCAGAAGACGGAGACCAUCAUCUACUCCCGAGAGAAGAACCCCAACACUUUCGAGUGCAUCGUUCCCGCCAACAUCGAAGCUGUGGCGGCCAAGAACAAGCACUGUCUGCUGGAGGCCGGCAUCGGCUGCGUGAGAGACUUGAUCAAGUCCAACAUCUUCCCCAUCGUGCUCUUCGUCCGGGUGUCAGAGAAGAACGUGAAGAGGUUCAGGAAGCUGCUGCCCCGGCCAGACACGGAGGAGGAGUUCCUGCGCGUGUGCCGGCUGAAGGAGAAGGAGCUGGAGGCGCUGCCGUGCCUGUACGCCACGGUGGAGGCCGACAUGUGGGGCAGCGUGGAGGAGCUGCUCCGCGUCAUCAAGGACAAGAUCGGCGAGGAGCAGCGCAAGACCAUCUGGGUGGACGAGGACCAGCUGUGAGGCAGGCCCUGAGUCUGAGACAUCUCGGGGGCACGCGGCCGUCCUGCUGCCCACGGAGCUGCCGGCCAGGG